ACAACAGUUCAACUCAGUGUCUGUCCGUCAUUAUUUCAUCCUUCAGCAUGCUGCUUUUUCUACUCCUGCUGGCAUCCACAUUCAGGGUGUAACCUACCUCCUGCCCGAUGAUAGCUCGGAUAGGUAGGCUCCAGCACUACUGCGACCCUCGUGAGGAUAAACAGGGUAAGUGCCAGGUCCAGCAGGUAACUGGUCAGCUGAAAAAUGGUUCGUGUGCAUGUGAGGUGAACACCAAUAUGUGGUUGUUCCCUGCUGCGAAGUAUGAGGUCACACUGCUGCAAGUUGAAUCUUGUGAGGAUAACUUAAAGAGUCUACAAGAACAGGUGCAUCUGUCAAACCAGCGUCUCCCUGAGAUCCAUGCAGUGGUUGAUAACAUAACACAGCGGCUGGAGCCUUAUCAGUACCUAAAUUAUAAGGGCCUAUAUUCUCCUUUGUCCCUGCGGCAGCUGGGUGAAGAACUCAGCAAGCUGGAAACCGACAUAAUUAGCAUUUCCAUUCAAGUGAACAACGCCGAAACAACAAAACUUUCAAAAGAGGUCCACAAACUGCAAAGAGACGUUGGCAUGAUGCAUAUGGCAAACUCAAUCAACAUGAAGACUGUAAAAGAGAGACUCCGCUACCUGAAAAACAGUGUUGAAUCAUGCUUGUCAAUCCCCAGAGAUUUCAAAGGUCAACAUAGGUAUUGCCUUAAGGGCCUCCUCUCCAAUAUCAGUGUACCAGUCACAACGAAAAUCAGUCCAUACGGUAAAAACAUCAUCACUGGGUCAUGGGGUCAACAAGCCCUAAUGGACAGAGAGGGCCUGAAAAACAGCUUCUGGAUUCAGCCCUUGCUCCACAGCCACAUAUCUGGCAAUGUCCUGAGAAUGUAUGAAUCUUACGAAGACUUCAUGGCCUCUGCUCACCACAAGGAUGUUGUCUUGGCUCCAUCCAACACCCACACUAACGCUGUUGAAGGCCCCAGUGCUGUCCUGUAUGGAGAGGCUCUGUAUUAUCACUGCUACAGCUCUGCAGAUAUCUGCCGCUAUGAUCUCAACAACAAGGCUGUUACCAGGGUUGAACUUCCCAGAAUUGGGAAGGAUUACAGAAAGUUCCCUUAUUGUUACUUUGACUGUCUGGCCAAUAGUGAUGUGGAUGUGGAGGCAGAUGAGACAGGCCUGUGGGCCAUAUAUGCCACUGUUGCUAGUCAUGGUAAUAUAGUGGUAAGUAAAAUAUCAUGGGAUAAUGAGGCCGAAACGCUCAAUGUCACACAGACGUGGGAAACGAAGCUGUUCAAGAAGGCAGCAACCAAUGCUUUCAUGGUGUGUGGUGUGUUGUAUGCUACUCGCUAUUUGGAUGAUUCCAAUGAAGAGGUCUUCUAUGCCUUUGAUACAGCAACAGGCAAAGAGGACAAUACACUUGCGCUGCGACUGGAGAAGAUCAGUAAAGGAGUUGCCAGUCUGAGUUACAAUCCAAUCACAAAGAAGCUCUACAUGUUCAAUGAUGGUUAUCUUCUAGCCUAUAAAGCUGAGUUUUAAAACAGAUUGCAAACCAAAAACAAUGCUGUGAUAUGUGACUUGCAUCAAACAGAUUCAGCAUGAUGGGUGCCAUCAGAGGCCUGUUUGUAAACUGUACACAGGCCUCCCUCUGAGUUACAGCAUUCGUGCCAAUUAUGAAUUAUACCAGUCAAUCACAAACACAGUGGUAAAACUCCUGAUUGGAGUUCAUGUUUGUUAGAAAAAAAAAAUUCAAAAUAACCACUGUGGCUUUAUCUAAAUGUGCAUUCUUGUUCAGUGUGACAAUGUUUUCUUAACCUUGAAAUAUUGUAUAUAAAGGACCAUACAGAAAGUAAAAUAUCUUCCCAAGGAUAUUAUAUUGUGGAAUACCUUUUACAUUUUAUGUAUAAGUUUGGAUAUUCUAGUAUAAAAUUAUCGCAUUUUUUUAUUUUCAUUAAAUGUGUUUUGUUACUACACUUGAAAGUCACUUAUCUUGGUUUAAAUAUAUAAAUAAAGUGUAGUAUUCAGAAAUCAA